AGAAUCUAUUUAUUAAAAGAAACAGCUUGUCAGAAUAAUGACAAUUACAUAUAUUUUCCCCACAUCGUUUAAGCCUAACUCAGAAUGAAGAACACUUUGUGCUGGACUCUUGCAGGUGUUCUUCAACUGGUGGAACAUAACACUGAGACCUGAAGACAGAAAUCCUGGACAAAUGAGGAGAUCCCACCAGGACCUGUUAGGAGACGCCGGACUCCAGAGUGAAAUCGCUCGUGUGUUUGGACAGGAUGUGCUAAAUAAAACCAUCUCCCUGUGCCAAGGAAAUUUUAAUGACCUGGAGCGCCUGCCUGACGCUCUGCUCCAGCACAUCCAGAGCUUUCUGGAGCCGAAGGACGUGGGGCAGCUCCUACGCGUUUCUCGACGCUUCUGGGAGCUGUCCCAGUCGGAGGGGUACUGGGAGAAGGCGGUGAGGCAGCGGUAUAUAGCACUGUGCCAGACGAGGUGGUGA